AUGCAGUCGGUAUUGUCGCCGUCGAGCACCUCGGAUGGGCGCCCAUCCCCGGAUAAGGAACCUGCCCGACGUCAGCCUCUGAGAUCAAGAUCGGGAUGCUGGACAUGUCGGGAAAAGAAAGUAAAGUGUGAUGAAACCCGGCCGCAGUGCCGCCGGUGCGUUCGUCUGCACCGGUCGUGUGAUUACGAGUCCCGGGCUCGAAAACCCUACACGCGGGGUAAUCAAGGGUCCCUACGAGAGCAGCCAUUGCCACGUCGACAGCCACAGCGCUCUUCCAGUGAUGGAGAAACCCCGGGCAAUGCUGUGCACCCCACAGCUGCGGAGAGGACAGCUCCCGGUUCUCCUGGUUCAGCUCAUGGUACAAACCAUCAGUUCUCGCCCAGCAGGCCACCGGAAGUAUUUCCUCUGCAAGCCUCGCAGAGCAAUACACCCGUGGGAGAGCCAUCGAACUCUGAGACACAACCAAUUGGUGUUGCCUUUGAACCGGCCUCAGAAGUCUCAGCAAUAUGUGCCGAGAUCCUUCAGGCAUCUGAUACUGAGGCAAUACACUGCUUCCGUUUCGUUCUAGCUCCUUCUAUUGACCGGAAACAGCCUGAAACUACAGUCCUCGCGACAAUGUGGAAGCUCGCGAUACACAGUCCAAUGGUCCUCCACAUGAUAUGCGCUCUAGGUGCUCAGCAAUCUUGUAUUCUCGAUCGUCAGAAAUGUGAACUUGAUGCAUCCACGGAGCACGCACGCAGAGUCCGAGCAGCCGAGCACUAUGGAGCCUCACUGCGGUUACUCGUUAUUGCUGCAGCAGAGGAUACAGGUCGAAUUGGGGAGCUAGAUCUUAUUCUGGCAACGCUAUGGCUAAUGCUCGAAUACGAACAACGAUUUGGAGAUGGUUCCGGUUCGGGGCUGAGUGCACACCUCAAAGGCGCAGGGUCUAUCCUUCAAGGUCGAAUACAUAAAUUACGAGACAUGGUCGAAGACGAUGACAGCUAUAUCUGGAGCCCUACGCAGGAGUAUGAUUUGCAAAGCCCCACGGUCCAUAGCAAAAAUUGGACCAUCUCUGACUUUGCUUCACGCAUCGUGGUCUGGAUUUCUUACAAGGACGGAGCCGCUGCUCUAAAUGGAUUUGGGGGUUUCUUCAAUGAGCUACUCGGAGAGGUUUUGGCUGACCCGAACGAAGAUUACGCACGAUCUCUAAUUCGCGGGUUUGAUUCUCUUCAGAAGCGUGCGAAUCGUGCCUACAGUGACAACUUUGGUCGUGAACUUCCCCACGAGCUGCUACUUGAGGAUAUUCACAGCCGGCCUCUGUUUUAUCUCUACGGAAACACCGGUCAAAUAAGAUUCCUGCUAUCACGGCUUGUGGCGCUGAGGGAAAGCGAUGAGUUGGUCUUUGAGGAGUCCCGUCGCCAAGUCGCACAGCUACUUAACGCGACGACCGAUCGUUACGCCGAGUUCCUUGACAUUGCUCAUACCCUGCAUGUAGUUCCAUCUGGACCGCACCGCACGUUCGUCGUUAAUACUAGAAUAAUCUGUGCACAUUACCACGCGGCUGUGCUAUGCUACUUCCGCAUCGUAAGGGGCGAUGCGCUGCUUGAUAGCCGACAGAGAGCCGCGCUGAGUCGGAUAUUAAACAUUGGCCACCAAACCUACGCUGACGAGGGAAAAGCUGGCAUGACUGCCCUCGCAUGGCCAUUAUUUGUCACGGCUUUGGAGACAGAUGAUGCCCUGCAUCGGACCUGGAUCAUGGAGCGGUACGAGACCAUGUGCGAGCAGGGGGAGAACUAUCGGAGAGCCCAUGCCGCGCUCAAGGCCGCUUUCUCUAUGCAAAGAUACCACGAGAGACGCGUUGAUCUGUUAGAACUACUUCGAAACACGAGCCGACACAAUCGCUUCCUUAUCUAA